AUACAUACAUGCAUAAAUAACAAAUCAAACUGAUACUCCUGAUUAUCAGACCUCACUCACCCUCUCUCUAGAGCUCUACUCUCUCUCUAGAUCAAUUUAUAAAUUUAUAGGAGGUUUAUUCAUUAUUGAAUAAAUCGAAUCGCACAUGGAAGAAGCUAAACGGAGGAUCAUCCCCUUUGUUUUCUUGCUAAUAAUCUCCUCAUUUGCCUUUCAGCUAUUCGCUUCUACUGAUCCGAUAUUUUAUGAGUCGUUUGAUGAAGAUUUUUCGGGACGGUGGAUCGCUUCGGAGAAAGAUGAAUAUCAAGGUGUAUGGAAACACUCCAAAAGUGAGGGACAUGAUGAUUACGGACUUCUUGUCAGCGAGAAGGCAAGGAAAUAUGCAAUUGUCAAGGAGCUUGAUGAACCUGUGAAACUCAAUGACGGAACUAUUGUUCUCCAGUUUGAAACACGUCUGCAGAAUGGCCUAGAGUGUGGUGGUGCAUAUCUGAAGUUUCUUCGACCUCAGGAGGCCGGUUGGGUACCCAAAGGAUUUGACAAUGAAUCUCCUUACUCUAUUAUGUUUGGCCCUGACAAAUGUGGAGUUACAAACAAGGUCCAUUUCAUUUUGAAGCAUAAAAACCCCAAGACUGGAGAGUUUGUUGAGCAUCAUGUUAAGUUCCCACCAUCCGUGCCGUCCGACAAAUUAACCCAUGUGUACACUGCAAUUUUGAAGCCUGACAAUGAAUUACGAAUCUUGGUUGAUGGGGAAGAGAAGAAGAAGGUCAAUUUCUUGUCUUCAGAAGAUUUUGAUCCAGCCCUAAUCCCAGCAAAGACAAUUCCUGAUCCAGAUGACAAGAAACCUACAGACUGGGACGAGAGAGCGAAAAUUCCCGACCCUGAGGCAACAAAGCCAGAUGAUUGGGAUGAAGAUGCACCUUUGGAGAUUGAAGAUGCUGAAGCUGUCAAACCUGAAGGAUGGCUAGAUGACGAGCCUGAAGAAAUUGAAGACCCAGAGGCAUCGAAACCUGAGGACUGGGAUGAUGAAGAAGAUGGUGAAUGGGAGGCUCCCAAGAUUGAAAACCCCAAGUGUGAGGAUGCACCUGGAUGUGGGGAGUGGAAGAGACCAAUGAAGAGAAAUCCAGCUUACAAGGGAAAAUGGCACGCACCUCUUAUAGACAACCCCAACUAUAAGGGUAUAUGGAAGCCUCAGCAAAUUUCAAACCCUGCAUACUUUGAGCUCGAUAAACCAGCUUUUGAGCCUAUUGCUGCUAUUGGCAUUGAAAUUUGGACAAUGCAAGAUGGUAUAUUGUUUGAUAAUAUAUUGAUAGCAAGUGACGAAAAGGUUGCAGAAUCAUACAGACAGACCACAUGGAAGCCAAAGUUUGAUGUAGAGAAAGCGAAACAGAAGGCCGAGGAGGAAACAAGCAGUCUUUCAGAUAGUCUGAAAGGUUUUCAGAAGGUGGUAUUUGACCAACUCUACAAGAUUGCAGACAUUCCUUUCUUGCAGAAUCACAAAUUUAAGAUUUUGGAUCUCAUUGAAAAAGCAGAAAAGCAACCAAACAUUACAAUUGGUGUACUUGUAUCCAUCGUCGUAGUUAUUUUCACUGCUCUGAUUAAACUUCUAUUCGGCGGAAAGAAACCUGCAACGCCGAAGGUCAGAGUGGAACCUAAGAAGGAAGAAGUAACCGAGGCCUCAAACAAUGGGGGAGAUAGUAGCGAGGAGAAAGAACGGAACGAGGACACAACAGCAGCACCUCGUAGGAGGACCAGGCGUGAUGAUUAGAAUGGAUGAGAAUCUGAUGCCCUUUUGAAGUGGUCAUUAGUUUGGCUUUUGUUAGACUCGUCUAGGUUUUGAUAGUAUUGCCAGUACUAAUUUUUGCCUUGAUUAUGGAUAUGCAGUGAGUUUUUACCUGUCAAGUGUGUAUGACAAUGUAAAUGAGAUUUUAUCUAAGAGGAUCCGAUUAGCAGUCGGUUCCAUCUCUUUAACUAUGCUGCCUUUGAACCAUAAUUCAAAAAGAGAACUUCGUGGUA